UGAAAUAUAAAAGGUUUAUUUCACAGUUCUUUAAAUGAAAAGUUGACUAAAACUAAAAUUUUUUCAAUCAAAUGUAUAAAAUAGACCAUAGUCAAUUUAAUUUAGUGUGCACUGAUUUGUUUUUGUUACAUUUUAUACGUAUUUUACGCGAAGGUUCAGUUUCAGUUUAUUUAAACACUCAGUGGUCACGCAACAAUGUUGGAUUGCUUUAUAAGAGAGCGCGGCUCGAGCUGGAGGCUCAGUCCGCUCCGCUCAACGAUGUCGGAAGUCGCUGACGAAUACCCAGUUGAAGACUCUUGCUUGAUCGAUAUGGAUGCAUGCUACGAAACAUUUGAUAAAGAUGGGGACGGUCAGCUAAACUUGGAAGAGUUCCGGCUGAUCUGUAAGGCUCUGUUCCGUAACGACAAGGGUCACAUCUACCCGGUGUCCGAGGAGCGCACCCGACACAUGUUCCAGGUGUUCGACAGGAACGGGGACGGAGCCAUCGACCGCGAGGAGUUCGCGUUCUGCUGGAACCACUGGAUUAAAGUUAUAGUGCGUCCGACGAGCGCCUUCCUCAUAGUCGACGUUCAAAAUGAUUUUAUCUCCGGUACUCUCAACAUCAGCAAGUGCAACGCCCAACAAGACGGAUCUGAGGUCGUGGAGCCCAUCAAUUGGUUGCUGUCAACUGUUCCAUUCGACUGCGUGUUCUAUUCCCUGGACUGGCACCCCCCGGACCACGUAUCGUACAUCGACAAUGUUCACAUGAGGGAGCUCCAUCCCUCCAGUCCGGUGUCGGCAGACAAAGCGCAGGCCUACGACACGGUGGUGUUCGCUGGCCCUCCACCGAUGAAACAGAGGUUGUGGCCACGGCAUUGUGUCCAGGAUACUUGGGGUGCGGAGUUGCAUAAGGAUCUGAAGGUUGUAGAAGGAGCCGUGAUGGUAUACAAGGGUACCAACCCUGAGGUGGACUCGUACUCGGUGUUUUGGGACAACAAGAAGUUGACAAAGACAAGCCUCAGCACUCAACUCAGGGAGAGGAACAUCACCGACAUUUACAUCUGCGGCCUGGCUUAUGAUGUGUGCGUUGGGGCAACUAUAGCCGAUGCUCUAGCCAUUGGCUACCGCUCGGUGCUCGUGGACGACGCGUCGCGAGGCGUGGAACUCGCUGACAUCGAGCGAACCAAGGACACCAUCGUCUCCAACAACGGCGUCAUAGUAGACUCUAAUCAGGUGUUGGCGAUGGUGGAGGGUCGCGACCGCCGGCCGGAGCUCGGCUACAAGCUGGCCAUGGAACUGAAGACGGCUCUGGAGGAGGAGAAGUGAAUCAGCGAGAAGCACAGUUUGCACUUGUAAUUUUAUGAUUUCCUGUCGCCGUUGAGCGCCGAGAAGCAACCGGCCAUUAGGAUGUACAUUUUUAUGAUUGUUUUUUCAAACACCGAACUCCGGUGUUAGCAACUAUUUCCGUGCAAACUGUAUUUCAUUAUUUUUAUUUUGGUCAUACGACACUAGUUACGGGAUAUAAAUCUUCGAUCCUCGCGCGGAUUGCAAGAUAUACUGAAUCAUAGUUCCUAAAAUUAAUAUAUUUCAUUUUAAUUUUAAUAUUUACUGCGAGGCGAUGGAGUCUGAAACUGAC